AUGCAAAGUGCAAACUGCAGCUGCCAUAUAAACCUAUUAUUGCCCCUUACUCACAUCACUCACUUUCUCAGCUUCAACCGCUUGAGCUAUGGUGCUAUGAAGCCUAGAGGUAGCCUAUCCUACCAAGGUAGGUAUCUUUCAUACCCUGAAAAGUACAAAACAUCAAUACUGCAACCCGGUAAUUUUCGCAACCGCCCUGAAUUUACAUACGUAGCGGGAGCUAAAGCUUUCAAGUGUCAGUGUUCAGCAGUUGCCCGAUAUGGGAAUGAUGGACCGCCGACCGACCGACGAUGGAUUGAUUAUAGCGGGGUCUUCGAUUAG